ACCCCACCUUUGCUGGCCCCUACCCGGCUCUGUCCCCGAUAUCUCCUUUCAGGCACUUCCCUGCAGAGGGAUUGUUUGUUUGACAUUUGUCUGAUCUUCUCUGGGCACUCCUCUCCUCCUCACUCUCCUCCCUUCUUUCUUCACUCACAGCUGCGGGCCCUUUUCUGAGUAAGGAUGGAAGCUCUUCUCAACCAAUGGCUCUGGAGACAGGAAUACUGGCUUCCCCCUGGAGUUACCUGGGAAGACAUGAAGGAAACAGAAAAUGUCCAUUAUCCUAGACCUUCUCAUCUCUUUUUCGGAAUUCCAUGUGCACUCAUCCUUACUGGUUUGAGAUUUAUAUUUGAAAGGUGUGUGGCUUUACCUCUGAGCAAAAAAAUGGGCAUACGGGAAAAGUACAAACGGAAACCUUCAAAUAAACCAGUUCUGGAAGACUUUUACUCAAAGAAUGGAAAGCAUCCAACUGAACUUGAAAUCCUCAGUUUGUCAGCUGAAUGUAACAUGCACUUUCGACAAGUUGAACAUUGGUUCCGAUAUAGGCGAAACCAAGACAGAUCAAGCACAACCAAAAAAUUUUGUGAAGCCAGCUGGAGAUUUAUAAUCUACUUGAUAUCAUUCCUUACUGGAGUUUCUGUACUUAUCGAUAAGCCAUGGUUUUGGGACCAAAGGGAAUUCUGGACAGAUUAUCCCUAUCAGCCAUUGGUGUCCUCCUUGUACUGGUAUUACAUGCUGCAGCUGGGAUUUUACUCAUCGAUGCUCAUGACUUUAGCUUUUGAUGUAAAAAGAAAGGACCUUAAGGAGCAGACAGUACAUCACUUUGCCACGAUUUUCCUGAUUACAUUCUCCUAUUGUGCUAAUUACAUGCGUGCUGGGACCUUGGUGAUGCUGCUGCAUGAUGCAGCUGACCACUUUCUAGAGCUAGCAAAGAUAUGCACUUACAGCAAGUGGAAAAGGACAUGCAACAUAUUGUUUGUAAUCUUUGUUUUAGUAUUCAUUGUCACUCGUCUGUAUCUGCUUCCUACAAGGAUUAUUUAUAGCACAUAUUACUACUCCAUGUUACGCUUUCAGCCUUUCUUUGGAUAUUAUUUUUUUAAUGCCCUACUAAUGAUUCUACAAAUACUGCAUAUGUUUUGGGCAUAUAUGAUAUUGCGGAUGCUUUAUAGGUUCACAUUCACUGGAAAGCUAGGCAAUGAUGUUCGAAGUGAUGUGGAGGACAGUGACAACAGUGGACAAGGAUUCAAAAAGUCUUCAGAAGUAGAGAAAAAGAGGGGACACCGGCGCAGCAACAACAAUUUUGUGUCCCGCAAGGCUACAGAAAACGGAGUGAUUAGUAACAGUCACUGAAAGACCACUUUAGUUACAGCUACUUAUGGACCGUACCACCUAAUGCUCUUGUGAUCUUUGCUACUUUAGCUGUGUUGAAUAUAGUGGUCAUGCACUCUGGCAUAGAUGAAUUUCAGAUAUUCUAAACAUUGCAGAGCAAUGUGUUAUAUAUCUGUUGAUAGGUUACCUAAAUCCUUAUGAUGCCAUAAUGCUAUGCAGAUGUAUACAGUAUUUGAGUUGUUAACCUGUAGAGCUUACAAUCAGAUUUUUUUUACGUUGUGCUCUUUGUCACACUACAACUAGUUGCCAAUUUACACCAAAUCCUGUAGCCCUAUUACUAAUUUAAAAUAUCUGAUUAUAGAGCUUCAUAAAACUUUAGUAGCUCUUAAACAAAAUCUUUACUAAAAUAAUGUAGUACGCAAUUUGAGUUUCUAUUACUGUCUUGUUUUUGGUCUUUAGCACAAGUGGGAUAAAGGCUACAUUGUAAAGGUUAAGUCCACCCAAAUAUCAGCCUGCUGGUAGAUGCCUGAAUGAUGAAUUACCCAUUAGCUUCUAUUUUUAACAUGGGCACCAGAGAAAAAUGGUGGUAGCUGUUGUCUCAGCUGUGCCCAGUUCACAGGAACAUCCAAUGGCCAUAGUACUUGAGCCUUUUCUAACAGGACGAUCAGAGCCUGGAACUCCAGAUGGUCAUUUUCCAUUUAAAAGAAGGUAGUGAAUGUUUAGGCAACUAGCAGUGACCGAAAAUAAAAAAAGAACUUCAAUAUGAGUAGAUGGACUGACCUUUAAGUGGUUACUUUUUCUUGAAUGAUGCCUUAUUGAUUUCUUUUAAAUUAUACCAUUAUUUUUAAAACCAAAUUCAGAUAACCAGCUUCAAAAUAAUUUAUGGCCAGUUACAGUAUAUGUAAGGUCAAUAAAAAGAGUUUGGAGUUUGGAACCAUUUUGAACUGUUUUAACUGAGAAUACAUGUAUACUUUUUUAUUGUUGUUGGUAGAAAUAUAAUUAUUGAACUAAAUAAAUAAUAAAGUCUAAAUGCUAAAGUUAA